AGAGGAUGGGUGUCAGUUUGUCUUUUUCUUCCUCAGGUCCGUGGUAAAGUUUACACGCGGUGUACACGCUCGUGAAAUUUGAGGUUAAAGUGAAAGAAAUUUUAAUUUCAAAAUGGUCCGUAAGAAAAUAGAUAAUCGCGUACGUGUUUUAAUCGAGAAUGGUGUAACUACGGGACAUCGAACAAUGUUUAUCGUUAUCGGUGAUAAAGCAAGGGACCAGGUUGUUCUGCUACAUCAUAUGUUGUCAAAAUCCGUGGUAAAGGCUAGACCUUCUGUACUUUGGUGUUACAAGAAAGAAUUGGGGUUUAGCAGUCACAGAAAGAAAAGAAUGAAGUCCUUGCAAAAGAAAGUGAAGUCUGGAAAGUUAGACGUUAACGAGGACGACCCAUUUGAAUUAUUUGUUGUAUCUACUAAUAUACGUUAUUGUUAUUAUCAUGAAACACAUAAAAUAUUGGGAAAUACAUAUGGCAUGUGUGUCUUACAAGAUUUUGAAGCCAUUACACCAAAUUUAUUGGCACGUACUAUUGAAACUGUAGAGGGAGGAGGAAUUAUUAUAUUUCUUUUACAAUCCGUGAACUCGCUAAAACAAUUAUACACAAUGAAUAUGGAUGUUCAUCAAAGAUUCCGUACAGAAGCCCAUCAAGCAGUAGUUGGUCGUUUCAAUGAAAGAUUUUUAUUAUCUCUUGCUUCUUGUAAAAGAUGUUUAGUUGUCGACGAUCAAUUAAAUAUAUUGCCAUUAUCAUCGCACAAUUUAAAAAUUGAAACUGUGCAAAAAUCGUUAUCUUCAGAAGAGCAAACAGAAUUAGAUACUUUGAAAGAAAGUUUACAAGACACGCAACCUAUUUCUUCUCUUAUUAAUUGUUGCAAGACGGUUGAUCAGGCAAAAGCGCUUCUAAAAUUUAUUGAAUGUAUAUCUGAGAAAACAUUAAGAUCUACCGUUUCUUUAACUGCUGCCAGAGGACGCGGAAAAUCUGCAGCUUUGGGUUUAGCUAUCGCUGGUGCUGUAACAUUUGGUUAUUCGAAUAUUUAUAUUUCAAGCCCAAGUCCAGAAAAUUUGAAUACACUGUUUGAAUUCGUUUUCAAAGGUUUUGAUGCACUAGGAUAUCAAGAACACCUUGAUUAUGGACUAGUACAAUCUAUAAAUCCUGAAUUUAAUAAAGCUACUGUACGCGUAAAUGUCUUUCGCGAUCACAGACAGACAAUUCAGUAUAUUCAUCCUACAGAUGCACAUAAAUUAAAUCAAGCUGAACUACUUGUAAUUGAUGAGGCUGCUGCAAUACCUCUUCCUUAUGUAAAAGCUAUGCUUGGUCCUUAUUUAACAUUUCUUGCAUCGACUAUCAAUGGAUACGAAGGAACAGGUAGAUCGUUAUCGUUAAAGCUAUUACAACAGUUAAAAAGUCAAACUGUUGGUUCAAAUAGUCAUGAAAAACAUGAUAAACAACAAACCGAAAAAACUAUCAUUGGAAGGCAGUUACAUGAGCUUACUCUCGACGAAUCUAUUCGGUAUAAGCCAGGAGAUUCUGUUGAACAAUGGUUAUGUGAUUUAUUAUGCUUAAAUGCUACAAAUAUGCUUUUGUUAACCGGAUGUCCACCCCCUGACAUGUGUCAAUUAUAUUAUAUAAACAGAGAUACGUUGUUCUCUUACCACAAAGCAUCCGAAUUGUUUUUACAAAGACUAGUGGCACUUUAUGUCGCUUCGCAUUACAAGAAUAGUCCAAAUGAUUUACAAAUGAUGUCUGAUGCACCCGCGCACCAUCUGUUUUGUCUUCUGGGACCAGUAGAUUCAAAUAAAAAAACAUUGCCCGAAAUAUUAGUAGUCAUUCAAAUUUGUUUAGAAGGUGAAAUCAGUAAAAACACUAUAAACGAUGGACUUGUGCGAGGACGUAGAGCAGCCGGUGAUCUCAUACCAUGGACUAUCGCACAACAAUAUCAAGAUCAAGACUUUCCUACAUUAGCGGGAGCACGUAUCGUUCGCAUCGCGACACAUCCCGAUUACCAAGGAAUGGGAUAUGGCAGUCGAGCAUUAGAAUUACUGAAGCAAUACUAUGAAAUGAAAAUGCUUAACAUCAGCGAAGCAACACUAGAAGCGCCCAUAACGGAAAUAUCACAAGUUCAAGAUGAAGAAGUUAAUCUGUUGGAAGAAAGAAUUGAACCCCGAGCCACCCUGCCACCAUUACUUCUAAAACUAACUGAAAGACGGCCAGAAAGUUUGGAUUAUUUAGGCGUAUCUUACGGCAUUACCGAAUCGCUUUUAAAAUUUUGGAAACGAGCUAAUUUCUUGCCUGUAUACUUAAGACAAACUGCAAACGAUAUAACUGGUGAACACUCGUGUAUAAUGUUGUGUAAAAUAAAUUCUGAACAACAGCAUGAUGCUAGGUGGCUUCAAUCAUAUUGGAUCGAUUUUCGGCGACGAUUUAUAGCUUUACUUUCCUUCCCGUUUAAUGCAUAUUCAUCCUCAUUGGCUUUGAGCAUAUUAAUCAACAAAGCAAUUACACCAGAGAUUACUACAUUGACGAAGGAUGUAUUGGAUGUAUAUUUUACAUCGUAUGAUCUGAAACGUUUAGCUAUGUAUAGUAACAAUAUGGUAGAUUAUCAUUUAAUAAUGGAUCUGUUGCCGCCGUUGGCGCGUUUGUAUUUCUUAAAUAUGAUGGGCGAUACUCAUUUAUCACCAGUACAAUCGGCCAUUUUAUUGGGAUUAGGCCUGCAACACAAAACUGUUGAUAAAUUAGCAGAGGAAUUAAAUUUACCGUCAUCGCAAUUACUUGGUUUAUUCAAUCGUAUUGUACGAAAAUUUAUGCAAUAUCUCAACAGAAUUGCAGAGAACUUUAUCGAAACUACUAUGAUGAAAAAAGAAUCAAAUAAUGAGAAUAUUCAACUCAAUCCUAUAAAUGGACAAAGUUUACACGACGAAUUAGAAACUGCAGCUAAGGAUUUAAAAGUUAAACAGAAAGCCGAAUUAGAGAAACUAAAGAAGGAAAACUUGGAGCAAUAUGCUAUUAAAGGCUCGGAAGCUGACUGGAACGAUGCACUAUCCGGGAAAAAAAGCAAAACUCUUAUAUCUGUAAAAAGUAGCGAGAAAAAAAUAUCGGAAGAUGAUUCUGUUUUAGAACCUCGAACAAAGCACUCGAAAAAGAGAAAAAGACAUUCUUCUAAAACCUGACGGGUGUCAAAUAUUUUUAGAGAUUCCUAUUAAAACAAA